GUAGCAUCCACUACGACAACUACCACCAAAACCAACGAACAAACGCAAGAACGUUUUACGCCGGUUUGUGUAUAUUUACAUAACAAAAUGACAUUCUUUAUGGAAGUUGAAGACAAUUCUUCCGCUUCUGCUGACUUCCUUUGUCAAGCCAUCUUUAGUUCUGAAGAAUUAGGUGUAAAUCGGACGUUAGCUUCUCAAGUAUUUGCAUUGUGGAUGUGUAGCCCUCUCUUAAGUUUACAACUGAAACCUACCCAAAAACCGUACAGAAUUCGUCAAAAAUGGGUUUCACUCUUAGAAAAAUACAGUCAUGGCUCAUGCAAUUCCCUAAAGCGAGAUGAGCCUUUAUUAUAUCUUCAAAGAAAUGUUUUCUUUGCUCAAAGUGUAGAAGAAAAAAUUAAGGAUCAAAAGAUAAUAGAACUUUUAUACGAAGAAGCACGGGAUAACAUUUUGGAAGGUCGAUAUCCGUGUGAAAUUUCGCAUUACAUAAUGUUAGGUGGAAUUCAAGCUCGAAUAGAACUGGGACCUUACAAUCCCCAUAUUCACACGAUACAAUAUUUCAGAGAAGAACAAGCGAAAUAUUUGCCACAGCAUGUAAGGAAAAGUGCCACUUGGACCUGGCUACCAAUUAGUUCAAAAACGUCAGCAGAAGUUCGAUUAUUGGAACAAUUUAAACGUAUUCCCACUGGAGCUAACAACAGGAAGCUAAUGAGAAAAUAUUUGGACUUUUGUUGGUCACUUCCAUUUUAUGGUUCCGCCUUUUUUGAAGGGCAGAUAGAACAACCCGUUCGAGGUCUUAUGAGCCUUUUAACGCAUCAAGACACUCCUGUUCUUGUGGCAAUUAACAGCAAAGGAGUUUAUGUAAUAGACGACAUAAAUUGCAGUCGUCUGGCAAUACUAACAGUUAUUGCGUUCUCCAGACAAAGGGCUUUUAUUUAUGCUACAAAUUUAGAUAAAAACAUAUAUGAGAUGCCUAAACUCUUACGCAUGAAACUAACGAUAAGUACCUUAAAAAUCAUAUCUACCUAAUUAUAAUAUGUAAUGUGAAACUUAUUUUGUCAUUACUAUUACCAAACAAAAGUUAGGUGAUUCCACUGAAAAGCUAAUGACUUCCAGUUUUUCCUUCAAAUCUCAUACAAUAUAUACAUAAUCUAUUUUAGACCAUUCUAUUGGGACUUAAAUAUGAAGAAUUUAAUUGGGAACAUGCUCGACCAUCAAAAGAAGACAAUCUUGAUUGUUUACCUUGUAUA